AUGUCCACACCACCAGUCCAACUAAUCUUCGGCGGCGCCUCCUUUGGCCCAACCAUGGCGUCCGACUUCACCUCGUUGGAAGCCAUGAAGGGAGCACUGGACCUCCUCGAAGCCGGUGGUGUGAAGACCAUCGAUACGGCGAGAUUCUACCCAGACAGCGAAGAGUGGCUCGGAGAAGCAGCUGCGGCUUUUCAAUUCACGAUUGAUACAAAGUACCCUGGCGGGUUCGCCUCGGAGGCAUCUAGUAAGGAGGGACUCAUUGCUAGUGCGGAGGAGAGCCUUGCGGCUUUGGGAGUGGAUCAGGUGGACGUCUACUACAUCCACGCCCCCGACCGCCGCGUGCCCCUCGAACACCUAUUAUCCGGCAUACAAGCCGUGUACAAGAGCGGAAAAUUCAAACGCUUUGGCCUAUCCAACUUCCUCCCGGAUGAAGUCCUUGACGUCGUCCGCAUUUGCAAGGAAAAUAACUACGUUUUCCCCUCUGUCUACCAGGGAAACUACAACGCGGUUGCGCGGCAUUCUGAAUCGACUCUCCUCCCCAUCUUGAGGAAAUAUAACAUCGCUUACUACGCCUACUCGCCCAUCGCGGGCGGAUUUCUUACAAAGGACGUCGAGACCCUGAUUUCUGGCGGGGAGGGGCGCUGGGAUCCCAAAACGCCCACAGGCGGGAUAUUCAAUGCUUUGUAUGCCAAGCCGGGGAUGCUGGAGGGGUUGAGGCUCUGGGGGCAAAUUGCGGAUGAAGCGGGAAUUCCGAAAGCGGAGUUGGCGUAUCGGUGGGUGGCGUUUCACUCGACGUUGAGCGGAGAGCUCGGGGAUGGCCUUAUCUUUGGGGCAAAGAAUAAGGAGCAGGUGGAGGGGACGUUGAGGGGCUUGAGGGAGGGGCCACUGUCCGGGGAGGUUGUAAGAAAGAUCGAGAGGGUUUGGGAAUUGGUUAGGGAUGAUGCGCCGCUUGAUACGUUCAAUAGUGUUGGAAAGUAG